AUCCUGAAACAGAAUGUUUGAUAACAUUGUAACAUAAAUAUGGAUUGCAGAGAAUACACAACAAAUCAUUUUCUCUAGUGUUUAUGUAAAUUCUGGUAUAGAUGAAUUCCAGAUGAGGUUGAUAUCGAUACUACUGGUAACAGUCGUUGGAAUUGUCGUUUCUUCAGACGUUUGUAAAUCGCGGGCACCUGCUGGUCAAGUCAAUGGAUGCAGUGUUCCUUCGUUCAUGCCUCAUCCUUUCAUUAGAAUCUUCACUUCUUCUUGUGAUAAGCAUGAUGUCUGUUACGAUUGUGCAGCUUAUCACGGUAUCAGCAGAAAGCAGUGUGACGAAUCAUUUCGCCGGGCGAUGAACAAUGCUUGCUUUGACAGGUGCAAACACAAACGCUUUUUACUGGAUGAUCUUCUCAAUGUCGCAUGUCUUCUAUCCGCCCAUUUAUAUUUUGUCGCAGUGCGUUUCGGUGGAGCCACGUCCUAUCUUCACAGUUCACCAAAAUACUGUGAAGAAGACUGGGUAAAUCAGUGUUUGCCGAACGUAUAAAGGAGGAUGCUUUGAAUAAAAUU